GCUGCCACUGCUACGCUCAAAACUCCAUGCAAAGUAAGCUGGUGUCAGUUUAGCUGCGGUUUUCGAGGGAAUCGCUCACGUCUGCAUACAGCUGGAUAAAAUGCACUUACAGCAGUUGAUGGGCUGACCGCGCUAACAGGACGAAGUGAAUCACGGAGUUUUCCACGUGGAAAGUGCACCAGUGGACAACGCAAGCUAACUCGACCCAAAAGUGGUGAGGGCGGAGAGCCGUAGCCCAGCAAUGAGUGCCAAAUCGGCCAUCAGCAAGGAGGUGUUCGCGCCGCAGGAUGAGAAGAUGCAAGCGGCCGCGCUGGUCAAAAGGAGAACGAAGAAGAAGAUCCCCUUCCUGGCCACCGGCGGCCAGGGAAACUACAGCACCUACAUCUGCCUGUCAGCGACCAAUAAGAAGCCCAAGCAGCUCUACAUCACCAAGGUAAAGCAGUUUGAAGGCUCCAACUCCUUUGUUGGAAGGUCGCGGUGGACGGUGGAGCAACUACGGCAGGUCGACGGUCACGACCCCGACAAAGACUGUCCAGAGUUUACCCUAGUGUUUGACAGUGGCUCGGACCAGUGGCUGGCGGGGUCGGCCACAGAGAAGAACAUGUUCAUCCAGGUCCUGCAUCACUCCUGCCAGCGGCACUGCACCGAUCGCAAGCCCGACUUCAUCAACUGUCCUUCCAAACUACUGGGAGGUCAGUCAGGUUGUUCUGUCGUUUUCCGUUGCAAGAUGUUUUUGAGCAGAUUGAGGCAUGUGAUGGUUUCAAACCAAGCUCGCCUGCGUUCUGAAGGUAGCCGCGUGCUGCAGUCUGCCACGGAGAGCGUAGGCAGCGCGGUGCAGAUGGCCAGCGAGGCGUUGAGUGAGCGCGGCGAGCGACUGACACGAACGGAGGAGAAGACGGAAGAACUGAUGAACAGCGCCCAGCAGUUUGCCGACACGGCACAAAAGCUUGCCAUGAAGUACAAGAACUAAAGACGAUUCUUCUGGAUCUACUGGGACCUGUUCCAGAUUUGAUUUUUUUUACAUUUUUGAAGUCAUUAUUUUUACACUUUACUACUAAUGAUAGUUUACUUGGCAUCCUUGGAUGUGCAGUGUUAUCACUGGAGACUGACAUGGCUCCUGCCUCUCUCUCCUGGAGCUCUGAGCUUGCUCCAGCACCCUUUAAAACACAGCAUCACCCCCAAUGCCCCCCUCAACAUGGGGCUCAUCACUGCAGCACCCCCAAAACAGAGGCCCGACACCGCAACGCCCCCAUCCC